CUUUUACACGUCCGUUGACAAAAAGACAGUACUUCAGAAAAAAAAAUAUUAAAAAAAUUAAAAAAAUUUAAGGAGGAAGAAGAAGAAUUUCAGAGCUCGUCAAACAACGAAGGAGGUUUUACAAUUUCCAUGCCGUAAGCUUUCUGCAAGAUCAUUCCUCAGAUUUUUGAGGUGGAUUUUGAUUAGUGGUGAGAGUGAGUGAGGAUGGUGUUGGUGUUGGCCUUGGGGGAUUUGCACAUACCCCACAGGGCACCUGAUCUGCCUGCAAAAUUCAAGUCCAUGCUUGUUCCUGGCAAGAUCCAGCACAUCAUCUGCACUGGAAAUCUUUGUAUCAAAGAAGUUCAUGAUUACUUGAAGACUCUUUGUCCCGACUUGCAUAUUACUCGAGGUGAGUAUGAUGAAGAGACAAAGUAUCCAGAGACCAAAACUCUAACAAUCGGUCAGUUCAAGUUAGGGCUGUGCCAUGGCCACCAGGUUAUUCCAUGGGGAGACCUAGAUUCACUAGCCAUGCUUCAGAGGCAGUUGGAUGUAGAUAUCCUUGUGACAGGCCACACCCAUCAGUUCACCGCAUACAAACAUGAAGGAGGUGUCGUUAUAAACCCAGGGUCUGCCAGCGGCGCUUAUAGCAGCAUCACCUAUGACGUCAACCCGAGCUUCGUCCUCAUGGACAUUGAUGGUCUUCGUGUGGUUGUUUAUGUCUACGAACUCAUUGAUGGAGAGGUUAAGGUUGACAAGAUUGAUUUCAAGAAGACAGCCGCUGCUACCCACUCCGCUCAUUGAACUCGAAUUUCAUGUACUGCUUUGGUAUUGACUUCGGAUACGUGUUCUAUGUUUGUAAUUUCGUCAAAUGGUGCAAAUUCUGGUUUUAUAGUGGUUGACCAUAGGAAUGUUUUCUAUGUUGACCUUUGCAGCAAAACUUAUAAUUUGUUUGCUUGUA